UUGUUUACUAUUUUGCUUCCGCAGCCGUAUGAUAGCAAUAAUUUUUAUUUAUUACCGAAAUUGGAAAUAUUUAAAAUGAGAUGAUCGUUGGUGAUAAUAAAGUUUAAAUGUAAUGCAACGAAAUCGUGGGUGAGUUAUUUCUAGCAGCAAAAUUAUGGCUGCUAUUCGCCACAGUUUGCAUAAAGAGGUUUUCUUGCCGAACGAUGAAAGGUUAGUGGGCGUUGUUAAUGUUGCUAAAGCUAGCAAAAAAAAGAAGACUGCCUUUUUAUGUCUAGCAGUAAAUAACGAGAAACCGUCAAUAAUCACUAUAAGUCAAGUAAAGAAGUCGGACAAAGAAGGGUAUAAGAAAAAGUGCUCUUGGCAAUUACGUGAAUUGAAGUUAGUCGACGGUAAAGAUGAAAAGAAGCCGACUGCUGAAUUUGAUUUGCAUUUUGAAAAGGUUUAUAAAUGGAUAGCGAGUAAUGUUUCUGAAAAGCAUGCUUUUAUAAAAUGCUUAUGGAAAUUCUGUAGCCAUCUGCCCCGUCAAAAGCCAACAUUUAUUAACAUCCCUAAGGAAUUAUUGCAAGAUAAAGAUAGUCCAGCGAAAAUGGGGGUUGUUACACCUCAGAUUGGUGAAGAAUCUUCUGUUCUAGAACCUGAAGAUUAUCAGGCUUUAACUGCAAGAGAAGAAUCUGACUUAGAAUCGCUUAUGGCUCAGUAUGAUUUUGUUAUAGGUAAUGCAGAAGAGUUUACGGAGCAGCUUUCUAGGGAGCUUUCAGAAUUAGAUGCUGCGAAUAUUCGUUCCAUUAUGGCAUCGGAGCAGAAGGUGCAGGGGCUGAUGAAUAUGCUUCAAACUUCCUAUGAUGAAAUUUGUGAGUUAGAAAGUCGGUUAGAUGUGUAUGAUGAUAUUUUGAAAAAUGUUAAAGAUAGUGUGAUACAGAUGGAAGAAAAAGAUGCACAUAUGAAGAUACAGCAUAGAAAUAAUAUUAAACUUUUACAUGAGCUUGAAAAUAUGAUAAGUGUGCUUGAUUUACCGGAUAGUUUAAGGCAAGCAUUGGACGGAGAUUUGAAAACUCCUUCUGGCAUUGCUACAUGUACUUCUGCUGCGAAAGCAUUACAAGAAGCAGCAAAUGCCCAGAUCAAUCCAGGACUUAUGAAAAUGGCAGCCUAUGCUGAACAAAAAGCUGAACUUGAUAAGUUGAAAAACAAGUUUAUAUUGCGUCUAAGCCAUCACCUAAAUAAUUUAUUCUUACAUUUAGGAAAUGAGUGUGAAGAAAAUUUUACUUAUACACAUGACCUUACACUUCCAAAACAUACUUUAUGCCACAAAGAACUUCUUCCAUAUACAGAAUUAAUGAACUGGGUGAAAAUUACUGAACCUAGUAGUUAUACUCAGCUGUGUAGAGUUUAUACUUCCUCGCUGUCGAAGCUUUAUGAAAAAGAAAUAAAAUCACUUUUUGAACUUGCAAAAGAGAAACUUAUUAACAGGAAUGGUUUUGAAAGGGAGAAAAAGCAUAAAAUAUCUGGUUCUAAUCAAGAUCUAGGUUUAAAGUCUUCUGUUAAAGUCAAGUCUCUGUCAUUGUUAGGUAUGGAUCCAGAGCAGUAUGGCUCUGAUUUGGAUGUAAUGGAAUGGGAAAUAUUUGACAAAAUAUUAGAAAACUUGUUAAGUGCAUUAGAACCAGUUUGCCUUUCUGAGCAGCAAUUCUGCAUGCAGUUUUUUGGUUUACAGUCUGACAUUGCCUCGUCUCAUAGCAAUCAACAGCUUACAGUGCCUUCAGCUCCUGGGGUGAGUCCAACAACAAGCAAUCAGAGCCUUAGUCGUGCAGGUAGUGAAGAACUGCUGAUGAGUGCUCUCAAGAAAGAGAAACAAAUUAAUGUGGAAUUGAGAAAGAUGAUGGGAGAACUGUUUGCCAGUUUGGAACCAGAGUUGGUGAAUUUCAUUUCCCAUUUUGAUAAAAUCGAUGGGUUCUAUUCUAUGUAUGUGUUAGUUCGACUGAGUCAACAUGUCAUGUCAGCUCAAGACACUGGAUCCUAUCUCAGUAUGACAUUUGCUAAUGUUUUAGUGCAAGCAAAACGUAAUUUUGAUAAAUUUAUGCAGUCACAGAUAAGAUCUAUUGAAGAGGCUAAAGUGUCGAAGAAAUCAAAAUGUGGCAUUUUACCAUUUGUUUCAAAUUUUGAAACAUUUGCCAGCCAAGCUGAAAAGAUAUUCAAAAACUCAGACAGGAGGACUGAUUUAGACAGGUGGUAUUCCAAACUUGUCAAAGUAAUGUUUGAUGAAGUUGUGAAGGUAUCUUUAGAGCAUUCAAAAACUCCUCAGGAGGUUGUACAGAUGGAAAAUUUCCAUCAUCUUUUUACUGUUCUGUUUCAGUUAAAAAUCCCGUGUUUAGAAACAGAACGUAAAGAUGCCAAGCAAAAGUACAAUGAUGCUCUGCAGGCCUAUGUUACUCAGUAUUUUGGCAGACCUUUAGAAAAAUUGAAUUUAUUUUUUGAAGGUGUUCAGAAUAAAGUAGCUCAGGGUGUGAAGGAAAAUGAAAUUGGGUAUCAUUUGGCCUUCAGUAAGCAAGAAUUAAGAAAAGUCAUCAAAGAAUAUCCUGGAAAAGAGGUGAAAAAAGGAUUGGAAAGUUUGUAUAAAAAAGUGGAGAAACAUUUAUGUGAAGAAGAAAACUUACUCCAAGUAGUUUGGCAUUCCAUGCAAGAUGAGUUUAUUAGGCAAUAUAAAUAUAUAGAAUCAUUAAUUGAAAGAUGUUAUCCUGGUGCUAAGAUAAGUUUAGAAUUUUCUAUCAAUGAUAUAUUAGACUUUUUCUCUGAAAUUGCACGAUCACACUGAAUAUUUAUGAAAUAAUAUAUUAUAUAUGUUAUUAUUAUACUGUACAGAAAUAUAAAAUUAUGCACAGAGAUUGUAACAAUAUGUAUAAAUCUAUUAAUGAAUUAUCUUUUCUAAAUUAGA